AUGUACUACGAGAGAUACGUGCAUCAGCCCGAUAACCGCAACCAACGUCAAGGAAACCCUUACUGGUUGCUGAGGGGGGAAAGCCCCAUGUUCACGUAUAUUAACUCGUUCCCACCAACCGUCCCCGAUACCCCAGCCCUACCAGGUCCUGAAGUGAGGCUUGACCUGAGCCAGGACGAUGUCUUGAUGAUGGCUGCUACUGAGAAGGCAGUGGAAGAAUGCGGUACCAAUGAGGGAUCGGAAGCCAUGCCUAAUGUCACCGCCCCCAAUCCUAUAGUUGAUGCAGUAUCGAUUGUCAUGGCUAGAGAGCCACACCAAAUCCCACUUCUGGCGGAAACUGACGACGAGAUGUCCAAUGUGCAUGCAACUAGUACAACCAACAAGGACAAGCUUGGUGUAACAGACAACGUCGCAGCUUCAGAGGACAGACAGAACAAGCAAGAAGGCGAUCUGAAGGGGGGUUAUCCCCGGUCCACUGCUCAACAGGUUAUGGGCCCUGGUGACAUGUCUUCAUCUACUUCUACUGUCAAACUCCUCAACCUGCCCCAUCUAAAAGAUGACAGCACAAACUACAUCCUAUACAAGGAACGGAUUCCGAAUCCCAUGGAGAUGACAGAGAUAAACGGAGACUACUACCUACUGGGAAACCUCACACCCUUAUCCGAUAACAAAGUUGAAAAGCAACUGACUCUUCAGGAUGCAUAUGACCAGAAGGAGGCACAGGUCCAUGAGAUGAUAUACAAGACAAUCAGCACAUCGACCUUCAUGCAGAUCAAAAAUGAACCCACCACCGCUGCAAUGUGGAAGAAGCUCACUUCCAUCUUUGAAGAGAAAGGCAUCUCAACACAGGAGAACCUGCUCAACAAGCUCCAAAACCAGCAUUGCUCUGAUGAUGGAGAUAUCUGA